UAAUGGAAGCUAUAUAUAAGAUAAAUAGGAAAUAAUUAAAAGAGAGAAAGUCUUAUAAUUCAAGACAAGUUAGGGGAGGCUUCCUGUAGAAGGUGAGCACAGGUCUGACCCAUGUCAUCUGUUUAUUCACUAAAUUCUGUUGACUCUCUUUUACCUCCAAGAUUGCAUAUAAAUUUCUGUUUGGCUCCUAAUCCUUUCUCCCAUUCCAGAAUUCUUAUACACCUUACUCUCCUUAUACUCUGCCAUCUAGGGCUUAGCAGUGUGACUAGUAUUUUCAUUAACUGAAAUGUCUUUCAAAGGCAUUCCCCUAUGCCUAGAGCACUGUCCCUCAUUUUCUUAUGGCUUCCCAUAAUUAGUAAUUGAAACCAAUUUUCUGGAAAAAGCCUUUCCUGAUUCUUUCUGAUAGUCUUCUCUCUUUGAUUAUCUCCCAUUUAUUCCCCAUGUGUAUAACGGUAUAUAGAUGUUUUCAUAUUGCUUUCCUUCAAUUAGCCUGAGCUCCUUGAGUGGAAUAAAUUUUUUUACCCCUUAUCUUCCAGUCUCCAGGGAUCAGCAAAGUGUUUGUUACACAGUAGGCACUUAAUGUUGACUAAAGAAAAAUGUCAAAACUUUUUAAAAAAAUGUAUGUUAAAAAAAAAAAUGUGAGAAUUGUCUUGUAAGAAUGUUCCCGGAAUUCAUUAUCUUGUCACUUUAAAACAUCUUUCAGUUAUAUCUUUACUUAUAAGAAAAGUUAAUCUCAAAUACCUACUGUUUAGAAACCUAAAGCACAACUUAAAAAAAAAUUCCCAGGGAGAGUACAGGAUUGGUACUUCAUUUUAUAGAACAAGGUUUUCACUUCCUAUUUACAUUUCGUUCUACUUUGUUUUUUCCCCUCUGCCAUUCAAAAUUUGGGGAGAAAACUUAUUUACUAAAGUGAUUUUUGGAAAUGCUUUUGAUCAAACAAUUUAAUUAAAAAAAAUAUUUUCAGUUUGAUUUUGACUUCUACAUGAAAUUGCAUGCUAUAUUUUGGAAGAACAACAAAUUGCGUUUGUGGCUUAAUUAUUAUUAUUUUUUAAAACAAUGAAUGCUCACCUCUCAGGUGACUGAUACUUUCCCCACCACAUAAACGGCCAAAAGAUAUGUAUAAUGAAAGUAUAAAUAAAAAAGCUUAAGACCAAAUUCCCUACAUCAAAGAAAAGGGAGGUCAGAUUAACCUUAUCUCUACAAUCCCUUCUAAUACUAGAACCAGAAUAUUGCAAUUAUUUAACAGCGAAGGGGAAGUUGUUUUCCUUAUGGAAUCCCUUGAGCAGCUCAGGGACAGCAGGACAGCAGGAGUGCCAGAAAACCGCAUCCGCGUGGGGGCCCCCAACUCUGAUGUGUCUAGACAGAGCUCCGUUUGGGGCCUCCCACCAACCUCUGAGCCCUCGCUCGCGACGACAGAGAGGGGCUCCUCUAAAAAGCCUUUUCUGAACGAUGGGGGGAGAAAAGUGAGAGGAAGAAGAGAGGAAACGAAAGAGGAGGGAGGGAGGGAGGGGAAGGGAGGUGGGAAAGGAAGAGAAAGAGGGAGGGGAGGGAGAGAGGAAGAAAAAAAGAGGGAAGGGAAGCGGCAGAGACACACGUGACCUCAGCCUGAGCAGGUGAGAGGACUUUGCAGGAAACACCUGCCCAAACCUGAAGAAACCGCUACGGGCGCCGGAAGCGUGAGCCCUUCUGGAUCUCCUUAGGCCCAUUACUCAAACGCUCCUUUCCUACACCGACAUACAUAUAUACUGUACUGGCUAUAUAACUCCAACAGCCCCGUUCCGAGAAGAACUUGGGAAGAGGCAGGAUCCGGGUGUCCGAGAGCAGUAUCGCUGACGGAGGCGAGCCAAUCAUAGCAUACUACAACUCCCAAGAUGCCUUUUCCGCCUUCUUGGUUUCCGGUGCUGCGUAGUUUCCGGAGCGGAUCGCAACCUGGAGUCCGGAUCCGAUCCCGGUCUGCACAUUCCAAAGGUUUCAGAAAUGGCUGAAGAUGGCAGUGAUGAAACCAUGUUUAUUUGGUGUGAAGACUGUGGUCAGUAUCAUGAUUCAGAAUGUCCAGAAUUGGGCCCAGUGGUGAUGGUAAAAGACUCUUUUGUAUUAAGCAGGGCAAGAUCAUCUCUUCCUUCUAACUUAGAGAUCAAACAAUUAGGAGAUGGAACUGAAGGAGUAUUUGCAAUAACUCAGUUGGUUAAACGAACACAAUUUGGUCCAUUUGAAUCCAGGAGAGUUGCCAAAUGGGAGAAGGAAUCUGCUUUUCCACUGAAGGUUUUCCAGAAGGAUGGACACUCAAUUUGUUUUGAUACAUCUAAUGAGGAUGACUGCAACUGGAUGAUGAUGGUGAGACCAGCAGUAGAAUAUGAACAUCAGAACUUGACUGCCUUUCAGCAUGACAAUGACAUUUACUUCACUACCUCCCGGGACAUUCCUCCAGGCACCGAGUUGCGAGUGUGGUAUGCAGCUUUUUAUGCCAAAAAAAUGGAGAAGCCAGUGCUGAAGCAGGUCUCCAAUAUUGUGCAUGCCAGCAUUGCAGAAAGCAGUGUUCCUAUUGAAUGUCCAGUCAGUAGACAUGUAAAAGUAGUUUCUGCUUCCUUCCAAGAACCACAGCUACUGACUGAGCAUGUAUUGAGUCAUCUGGAACAAAUCAAAGGCAUACCUCCAACUAGCCAUAAUGAAAUAACUCCAGAUAAAGAAAUAGAGGUACUUCCUAAAGACACACCUGUUGUUUUUGAAAGUGGCAGUGCCAACAGAGAACCAAAGAAAAAGCCCCGAAGAAGUAAAAAAUCCAAAACUUCAAAAAGUGAACAACCUCUUGUUAUCAUUGAAGAGAAGGAACCAGCAGUGGAUCAAGUGGCAGAAAUUAUUACAGAAAUCCCACCUGAUGAAGACCUUAACUCAACUACGGAUGAGCGGAUUAUGGAGCUCGUUUUAGGAAAGCUGCCCAGUACUACAAAAGAUGUCAGUUCAGUUCCAAAGUUUACCCAUCAUCAGAAUACUAUAUCCCUCAAGAGAAGUUUAAUUCUUUCUAGCAGACAUGGUAUCCGAAGAAAGCUAAUCAAACAGCUUGGGGAGCACAAACGGGUCUAUCAGUGCAAUAUUUGUAGUAAAAUUUUUCAGAACAGCAGCAACCUCAGUAGACACAUCCGUUCUCAUGGUGAUAAGCUAUUUAAAUGUGAAGAAUGUGCAAAAUUGUUUAGCCGAAAAGAAAGCCUAAAGCAGCAUGUUUCAUAUAAGCACAGCAGAAAUGAGAUUGAUAGUGAAUACAGAUAUAGGUGUGGAACUUGUGAGAAGUCCUUUCGAAUAGAGAGUGCACUGGAAUUUCACAACUGUAGAACAGAUGAGAAGACAUUCCAAUGUGAAAUGUGUUUCAGAUUCUUUUCUACCAAUAGUAACCUCUCUAAACAUAAGAAAAAGCAUGGUGAUAAGAAAUUUUCUUGUGAGGUAUGCAAUAAAAUGUUCUAUCGGAAGGAUGUCAUGCUGGAUCACCAAAGGAGACACUUGGAAGGAGUCAGGCGUGUGAAGAGAGAAGAGUUUGAAACCAGUGGAGAGAGUGUGGUCCGAUAUAAGAAGGAGCCUUCAGGAUGCCCUGUAUGUGGAAAGGUAUUUUCAUGUAGAAGUAAUAUGAAUAAACAUCUCUUGACUCAUGGCGAUAAGAAGUAUACUUGUGAGAUCUGUGGACGCAAAUUCUUCCGGGUAGAUGUGCUUAGGGAUCAUAUUCAUGUUCAUUUUAAGGACAUUGCAUUAAUGGAUGACCACCAGAGGGAAGAAUUCAUUGGUAAAAUUGGUAUUUCAUCAGAAGAAAAUGACAACUCUGAUGAAAGUGCAGACUCAGAGCCUCACAAGUAUAGUUGCAAACGGUGCCAGCUUACAUUUGGCAGAGGGAAAGAAUACCUCAAGCACAUCAUGGAGGUUCACAAAGAGAAAGGCUAUGGCUGUAGUAUCUGUAACAGACGAUUUGCACUUAAAGCGACUUACCAUGCACAUAUGGUUAUUCACCGGGAGAAUCUGCCUGACCCCAAUGUACAGAAGUACAUUCAUCCAUGUGAAAUUUGUGGAAGGAUCUUUAAUAGCAUAGGAAAUUUGGAACGACAUAAGCUCAUACACACAGGUGUAAAAAGUCAUGCAUGUGAGCAAUGUGGUAAAUCCUUUGCCAGAAAAGAUAUGCUUAAAGAACACAUGAGAGUACAUGAUAACAUCAGGGAAUACUUAUGUGCAGAAUGUGGAAAAGGCAUGAAAACUAAACAUGCUCUUCGUCACCAUAUGAAACUUCAUAAAGGUAUCAAGGAAUAUGAAUGCAAGGAGUGCCACAGGAAAUUUGCUCAAAAGGUCAAUAUGUUGAAGCACUACAAAAGACAUACAGGGAUCAAAGAUUUCAUGUGUGAACUGUGUGGAAAGACUUUUAGUGAAAGAAAUACAAUGGAGACCCAUAAACUUAUUCACACAGUUGGGAAACAAUGGACCUGCUCUGUGUGUGAGAAAAAGUAUGUCACAGAAUACAUGCUUCAAAAACACAUUCAGCUAACUCAUGACAAAGUAGAAGCUCAGAGUUGUCAACUAUGUGGAACAAAAGUUUCAACCAGGGCUUCAAUGAGUCGGCACAUGAGGCGCAAGCACCCAGAGGUCCUCUCAGUUAGGAUUGAUGAUUUGGAUCACCUCCCAGAAACAACCACCAUUGAUGCCUCUUCAAUUGGUAUAGUUCAGCCUGAACUUGCUCUGGACCAGGGAGAAUUACCAGAAGGAAAACAUAUAAAAGUUGCCAAACGAAGUCACAAACGAAAGCAAAAAUCAGAUGAAGAGGAAGAAGCACUGGUAUCUGAGGAUCCUGCAUUCAGUGAAUAUACAGAAAAAGAAGCUGAAUUCACAGGGAAUGUGGGAGAUGAAACAAAUUCUGCUGUACAAAGCAUUCAGCAGGUGGUGGUGACCCUGGGUGAUCCAAAUGUCACAACGCCAUCGAGUUCAGUUGGUUUGACCAACAUUACUGUUACUCCCAUUACCACUGCAGCUGGAACCCAGUUUACAAACCUUCAGCCAGUGGCCGUUGGCCAUCUUACCACCCCAGAACGCCAGUUACAACUUGAAAACUCCAUUCUGACAGUGACAUUUGAUACUGUCAGUGGGUCUGCCAUGUUGCACAAUCGCCAAAAUGACAUUCAGCUUCAUUCACAGUCGGAAACCUCUAAUCCACAGUCUGUGGCCCAUUUUAUCAAUCUAACCACCCUUGUCAAUUCCAUUACUCCCCUGGGAAACCAGUUAAGUGAACAGCAUCCUCUAACCUGGAGGGCAGUGCCUCAGACUGAUGUUCUACAGCCUCAGCAACAGCAAGUACAGCCACAGACAGGACAGUCACAAGUUCAGACUGAGCAACAACAGCAGAUGUACAGUUAUUAAGUUAUAUUACGAAAACUGUAAGGAAUAAAAAGCAUUUUGAAAAUUUUGAGAUUUGUUGUUAUAUACCAAACUAAGAGUAAAAAAAUUCCAACGAUUUCAUUGAUCACAAUGUAAAUGAAAACUAACCUGUGCAAAACUGUCUCUAUUCCCCAUAUCCAUGUGUUAAAUUUUGUCAACCUAAACUUGAGAGGUGGCCAACUUUUAGUUAAGUUCAGAUCACAAUACACUAUAUAAGGUAAGGAAGUCAUAAAUACUAAAUAUGCUUUUUAAUCUUUCUAUUUUAAAACAAAAAACUUCAUUAAUUUUCUUGAGAUGGAGAAUGGGAAACUUAAGUCUCAAGAAAAGUAAAAUACUCAGACUAAAUGGCAUUUUGUUUCCUUUUUCAAAAUUGUCAUCUUACAAAGCACAUAUUAAAAAAACAUAGUUAAAAAUAGAAGUGUGAUAGAAAUUUGUUUUGCAGUUAUAAAACAAAUGUUAAACCAGUUUCCUUAAUUUUGGAAGCCAUUUAAGUAAGCAAAAAGUUAACACUGUCCUCUUAGAAUUUUCAUCUAACUAAAUUUCUUGCAACUAUGUACUAAAACCAAAUGUGAAAUAAUAUAUUUAAUGGCUUGUUCAAGAAAUAUUUCAAGUUGAAAAGUUGUCACAAUGAACAAAUCUAUAAUGUGAAUUUUAAAAUUUAUACAUCAAAAUAUCUUCAAUAACUUGCCAUUUUAGUUGUUUCUUUCUUUUUAUUCCUGGAAAGACACUGUAUAUUUAGGAGUCUGUUCUGAUCAAUUUUGUCUUUCUAACCUUAUAAAGUAAUUUGCACUGAAUAAUUAUCAGUGGCCCCAUUUACACAGCUAUUCAGAUAUUUGGGGACAUUUCUGUGAUAUAAAAAAGCAAGUCAAAAAAUGCUAUCAUUUUAAGGAUCUACUUUGCAAAAACCUCAGGAUCCUUUAAUAUCUAAUAUCCUAAGACUAAUAUCAAUAGAGGGGAAGAGCAAUUAAAAUAUUCAUAUAUAUUUCUUUUAUUUAUAUUUCAAUUUCAAAGGUUAAAUUUUUGCUAGCUAGCAAUUUUAUCAAUAUAAAAUUGUUGACUGAUACAUUGUGAAAUUAAAAUGUAUUUGUGAAAUUCAGAGGCAUUAUAAUUUAGUGAAAGGCAAAAGAGGUUAACUUUAGUAAUGAUUAAAAUUUAUAAUGGAAAUAUAAUUGGGGCCUUAAUCAGUGUGCUCAUUUGUCCUUCCUUGCAAUCUUACAUACAUACAUACAUACAUAUACAUAUAUAUGUAUAUGUAGGCAUACCUUACACAUGUCUGCAGAUAUGUAUAUCUAUCUGUGUAUACAUACAUAUAGACAUACACACAGACAUGAGAUGAUGCUUAAAGUUCAUUCAUUGUGCCCCUUGGUAACUUCUAUAGCAAGGAACAAAAAACUCCUGGGAUUUUGUUUUUUAGGACAAUAGAGUAUCAAAUGACCAGUCUCCCAAAAUAAGUGUUAUAAGGAAAUUUUUUCCCCCAAAUUUAUCUCUUCUGAACUUUCUAAACACUGUUGGGAAGAAAAUUUAACUUGUAUUACCUGUUAACUAUUGUGUUUGGUGUAAAUGUUUAAGAGGACUACAUUGAAGAAACAGAUUUUAGGUGAUUAGUGAAAAAUAAAGCCCUGUAUUAAUGUUGUUCUUGUCAAUGAGGCUUACUGUAAGAAUGCCAGUUCAUUAGUAUUUAAUUUUAAUCAAAAUUGUAGAAGUUUUCUGACACAAUGUGAUUUGCUUUGUGAAAUACAUUGUUUUCAUAAAAAAUGGGAAUAGUUUUCCAACAGAAUCAAAAAGCUAAAAGGAAUCUUCUGAACCCCACCUCCUUUGUUGAAUUGCUCUAAAAUCUACAUCUCUUUAGUUAGAUGUUUAUAAUAGAAGUUUGUUAGGAUCAGUCAAACAAAAUCAAGCAUAUAGUGACAAUAGGCUAAAAUUAAUAUGGGGAGAUAGAUUCAUGUUUAAAGCAGAAUAUUUUUUAGUAUUGUAGUCUACUGGUUUCCAAAUUUAGAUCUUUGAAGUCCAGGGUUGCAAUAAAAAAAAAAAAAUGGCAAUGGCAGACAUUUUAUUUUUCAAACUGUAUUUUUUGCUGGAUGAAUGGAUGUGUAUAUGGCGCAAACAUACAUAUUUUAUAACAAAACUGUCCAGUACUGCAAGCACAGCAAUUUCAAGCUAAGACUUUUGUGUAGUGUUUUAUUGUUUCUUCUUUAUUAAAUACAACUGACAUAUUCCAAGUACAGGUAGUCUGGAAUUACAGGCUAUCAGGAAUUUUUAAGCUCUCCAGAUUUCUUGAGUAACUGAAAAUCACUGACAAUAAACUUUAAAAAUGAUCUAGUAAGAAGAAAACUAGGUUGGCUCAUAAUUGAAAUAACUCAAAGCAACAAAGUUUUUCAGUCUUCCCCAUGAAACAAAGACUUUUAAAAUCACCACCUUAAUUUUUCCCAAGGAAGUUUUUCUCUGCCUAAAGUGUCCUAAUGUUUGAAAGAACCUAAUUUAUAUUUUGUGGCCAUGCUAUGCCUCUCCUACUUUUUUUAAAGUCCAUAAUAUAGUAUUUCCAUGCAUGAGGACUCUUAGUGAAAUUCAGAUUACCCAAGUUUCCUUCCAAAGUAUAAAUGUGUACUUUGACUUAAAGAAUUCAGUAUUGGAGGCAAAGUAGACAUCUUACAGUAAUUAUAUCUGUGAAUUUGCAUAUCAGAAAAUGCAUAGCAAAAGUACUACUCAGCCAAAAGUGAUAUACUGUAUAUUGUUCUGUAUAUAUAUGAUUGUUUAUUGACAGAAAGUAUUCUAUUUAAUUUAAAAAGGAAAAAAAAAGCAUAUUCCAUGGUGCACAGAUCUAGCUGCAAAGGAAAAAAAUAAAGUAGAAAUUUUUGUGUCAUCUAGUCCUGUGAAGACAUCUUAGUUAUGAAUUAAUAAAUCAUUAAGGACCUAUUUUUGCCUGUGAAUUCCUUUUAAAUUUACUUCUAUAUAGUUGUAUGCAAUAUGGCAAUGUAAAUCUUAUAAAAACGUAACACAGGGUACAAUAAUAAUUGUUAAAAUAUUAUGUGCUGCAUGUUGAAAGGAGAAGAAAAAUGAUGCCUCUCAAGAGACCAUGGUUUGUGAUAUUUUCUCUCAGGAAAAUGUACUGUAAUUAAGUGCCAUUACACUGUAUCUAAUAUUAAACUGUUUUGGAGAAG